AGUAUAUUUCGUUUAAACAACCAAGAUCGAGUACUUCGAAUGUAGGAAUGGUUUAUUAUGUAGAGUAAAUACUACUCUCUUCAUUCCUUAAAAAUUAAUUGACAUAUCACACAACAAUAUAUAAUUUGAACUAGUAUAAAGAGUACGAUUUUGUAUGUGGUUGAAUGAAUUAUUCAUUAUUUUCUAAUCCAAUAUAUUUGACAUAAGAAUUCCUGUCAAAAAAAAAAAAAAAAGAUAUAAGAAUUAUAAAAAAGAAAUUUUGCAUGUUACUAUGAAUUACAUAAAAGUGAUGUGGCUUGUGAAAGUUUCAACUAACAGUCACCAACUACUAUUCUUAGGAAUAAGAAGGGUAAGUACCAAAUGAAGACUGACAAUCUUCUCUACUUUGUACCUUCACCUUUGUAAAUGAACCCUAUGAAUCCAAAACAAUUAUCUGAAUUUUUCUUAAAAUGGAAGAACAAGAGCAUAUUACAAUACAUUCAACAUUAUCACCAAUUAAUCAUGAUAAUAAUGCUCCUUCUUCUUCUGCAUCCCCUGCUUUACAGCUAGAAGAAUCAGAGCAAACAGAGGUGCACAAUGAGCAAGAUCAGCAGCAACAGCCUCUCGAUAGGCCGCGGCUUUGGCAUUGGCAGCCAAGUCUUGUUUUCCAGUGGUUUCACAUAACUUUCAUCAGUUCGGGUUCAGAUGAUGCUAGAAAUGAUGCUUGGUCUUGUUUAAUUGUGCUACUCACUUUCUGGUUCCUUGCAUCUAUGAUUCUGAUUCUUGGGUUCUAUGGAUCAUUUAACUUACAACUGGGGCCAAAUUGCUCAUUCUUGAUCAAAACCAAUCCAUUCUUUGUGCAUUCCAUUAAGGCACAACAAAUAGAUGAACAAACGGCUGGGCCAAUGCUUUACGGCUUCCAUGAGUUACCUUCACUAGAUGUUGAAACCACUUGGUCACAAAAUUACACUGUAUUUAUAGAGCCUGAUUAUCACAAGGAGUGGGCUUAUUACCUGAAUGCUGGAUCUAGAGUUGAUGUAUCCUAUGAUGUCAAAGUCCCCGACUCUGCCUCCUUGUUUUUUGUAAUUGCUCGAGGUAGAGGAAAUCUACUAGAGUGGAUAAGUUCUCCUUCCUAUCCUAAUACAACCAUGUCUUGGCACAUAAUCUAUGGAAGCGGUAAUAUCGCACUAGACAUCAAAGAGUCUGAUACCUACUAUGUAGCAGUUGGUAACUUGAACCUGGAGACAACAGAGGUUGACUUGAACUUUACCAUAAUGUCUCUUCUGUACAAUACUACCGAUGCCCAUUUCAAGUGCUUGUUAAGGGAUCGCACUUGCAGCUUCAAGCUUAUCCUUCUGAAGCCUAGUGCGGCUGUCCUAACAUCUCCUGGUCCAGGACAGGUUAAGAAUGAUAAUGAUUGGUAUGUCCAAGUUUCUUUUGGACCACAAUGGGUCACAUAUUGUGGUGGGUCAUGUAUAGUUGCAGCACUCAUUUUAGUAUUAUUCAGAUACCUUUACCAUUUUCAAUCUAACACCGAAGAUGAAGCUGGAAACCAAGAGAACGAAAGUGUAGCUGACAGACGACAGCCAUUGCUUUCCCAUAAGAACAAUGAUCACUCAAAUUGGGGCUCAUCUUAUGACUCAAUCCCCAGUGAUGAGGAUCAGGGUCUUGAAGACAAGAUGAUUUCUGAGGACUCCCUUGAAGGGGAAGUCUCAAUAGGAAGAGAAAUUCAUCAUAGCCAUAAUACUCGUCGUUUAUGUGCUAUAUGCUUUGAUUCUCCUAGGGACUCUUUCUUCCUACCUUGUGGACAUUGUGCUGCUUGUUUCAGCUGUGGAUCAAGGAUAGCUGAAGAGGCAGGUACAUGCCCCAUAUGCCGUAGGAAGAUGAAGAAAGUGAAGAAAAUAUUUUCGGUAUGAGAACAGUUUAGGUAUAAUUGGUGUGAACAUUAAGUUCAUCAGCCUCCAUUGAAGAGUAUUACUGUAAUAGAAUUAAACUCUUUGGCUAGUAAAUGAAUGUAACAGGGAAUUUUAAAAGGUCGUAGGCAAUUUUCAGGGUGCCUAACCUAAAGUUUUGU